GUGUAAGGAGCUGUUUACGAGGGAUUGAAGGAAGGUGUCUGGUGGGGGUUUCCCCGUCGUGGGUGGAGGGUCAUCCGGUGUCACCGGUAUCCCGUCAGAAGGCCGCCCAGUCGGGAGGCAAUAUGAACGUAGCUGGUUCUCUGUUACGAAUAGUAGUUUCCCGCCGGUGCCCGUUAACGCAUGUGACACGCGGUUUCCAGCCCCGCCAAGCACCGUGGAAAGCCUCUUGGUCUUACGUUACAGCCUGGAAACGCCUCACUAGAACCAUAGGCAUCUGCGGGAGUGACCUUUGGCGUGUCCAGAGCGCUGCUUUCACCACCAUGGCUCCCAUAACGGCAGGGGGCGACCCUGCCCAGCAGGUGGACGAGUAUAUACAGAGUAAUAAGGUUAUGAUCUUCAGCAAGUCCUACUGCCCGUUUUGUAAUAAGGUUAAAACUCUGUUCAAGAGUUUGGACGUCGAGUAUACGGCAUUGGAACUAGAUCAAGUUGACAAUGGUUCUGAGAUCCAAGCUGCUUUAAUAGAUAAAUCUGGCCAGAAGACUGUACCCAAUAUCUAUAUUAAUGGUGAACAUCUUGGUGGUGCCGACAAAACAUUUGAAACUCACUCAAGGGGUGAAUUACUCCCUCUUAUAAAUAAAGCCAAACAUAAUUAUGACUAUGACCUGAUUGUUAUUGGAGGUGGCUCAGGGGGUUUGGCAGCAUCCAAGCAAGCUGCUGAUCUUGGAGCUAAAGUUGCUGUCUGUGACUUUGUUACCCCAACCCCAAAAGGUACAACUUGGGGUCUUGGAGGUACUUGUGUCAAUGUAGGGUGUAUUCCAAAGAAGUUAAUGCAUCAAGCUGCUAUUUUGGGACAUGAACUUAAGGAUUCCCGUGAAUAUGGUUGGGGAAUUCCCGAGGAUGUAACUCAUGACUGGAGUAAGAUGGUUGAAGCAAUUCAGAGUCAUAUAGGUUCCUUAAACUGGGGCUAUAGGGUAGCCCUUAGAAACAAGAAGGUGGAUUAUUUGAAUGCUUAUGCAACUUUUGAAGAUCCUCAUACUUUGCGUACUGUUGAUCGCAGAGGGAAAGAGAAGAUGAUUACAUCCGAUAACUUUCUCAUAGCCACAGGUGGUCGGCCAAGGUAUCCAGAUAUUCCAGGUGCUAAGGAAUAUUGCAUUACUUCAGAUGAUCUCUUUUCUUUACCUUAUGCCCCUGGCAAGACACUUUUGGUUGGGGCGUCAUACAUUGCUCUAGAAUGUGCCGGCUUCUUAGCAGGACUAGGCUAUGACACCACUGUCAUGGUAAGAUCCAUAUUGCUUCGUGGCUUCGAUCAACAAGUUGCUGAACGAAUCGGAACAUACAUGGAACAGCAUGGGGUCAAAUUCAUUCGUGGUGCAGUGCCUACUUUAAUUGAACAGAUUGAAGAGGGUUCCCCUGGUCUGUACAGAGUUACGGGUAAAACAACAGAAGGGGAAGAAGUUGUGGAUGAGUAUAACACCAUUAUCCUUGCUGUUGGACGUGAUCCCUGCACUUCUGGAAUUGGCUUAGAAAAUAUAAAUGUAGAAUUAGCCAAAAAUGGAAAGGUGAUUGUUGACAAUGCUGAAAGAUCGUCGGUCCCUCAUGUCUAUGCAGUAGGAGACAUCAUUGAAGGGGGCUUAGAGUUGACUCCUGUGGCUAUUCAGGCAGGAAAACUCUUAGCAAAGAGGUUGUAUGGAAAUGGAAAACUUCUCACAGAUUAUGUUAAUGUCCCAACAACUGUAUUUACUCCUUUGGAAUAUGGAUGUUGUGGACUUUCAGAGGAGGAAGCUAUAAACAAGUAUGGGGAAGGUGAUAUUGAGGUUUAUCACUCUAAUUACAUACCUUUGGAACAUACUAUUGCCCAUCGACCGGAAAAUGAUUGUUACGCCAAGUUGGUCUGUGUCACCAGUGAAAAUGAAAAAGUAGUUGGAUUCCAUGUUUUGGGUCCAAAUGCAGGUGAAAUAACACAGGGUUUCAGUAUUGGUCUGAAACUAGGUGCAACGAAGGCAGACUUUGAUAAUCUCGUUGGAAUUCAUCCUACAACAGCUGAGGUCUUCACAACGUUAAAUGUGACAAAGAAAUCUGGGCAAGAUGUCAAUGCUCAAGGCUGCUGAGGUUAGAUAGUGCUGCUUAAAAGUAAAUAAUGGCUGGGAAAGUGUGUUUUGUUUCUUGAACAUGUUAAUGCAUUGAAAGAAUUUGACAACAGUUAUGUGAAAAUGGCUUAGUAUUUUCAAGACUAGUUCUCUAUAUAUAUAGUUACAUUACAUUUAUGGUUUAUUUAAGGAAAACUCAUUACUUUUUCUCACUUUCCCAGUCAUUUUAAGCAGCAGCAGUUAUAACUGAGAGACUUGGUUUAGUAACAAAGUGAGGCUGAAAUAGUGAAUUGGUGGUCAUUUACUGUGCAGCAUCCUACUAUUUCGGUGUCUUUUUGUAACAUUAUGAAGGGGGCAUCCCAAAACCCAGUGUUGGGUGGGAGCUUCUGGAAGCAUACCUUGUCUGAAGUUUUUGGCCUUUAUAUAUAUGAAUAAUUUAAUUUGUUAUUAGGUACACAAUAUAAUGUGGUUUAAUUCAUAAUUAUUCCAGUACAGUUAUGAAAUACUAGAAAAUCUUGUUCAGACCAGGUGUCAGGAAAUGAAAUUAAAUAAAUAUUCCACACUGA